ACCCUGAGGAUGGAGAGAGGAGCCAAGGAGAAGAACCACCAGCUUUACAAGCCCUACACCAAUGGAAUCAUUGCAAAAGAUCCCACUUCACUAGAAGAAGAGAUCAAAGAAAUCCGUCGAAGUGGCAGUAGUAAGGCUCUGGAUAAUACUCCAGAGUUUGAGCUCUCCGACAUUUUCUACUUUUGCCGGAAAGGAAUGGAGACCAUUAUGGAUGAUGAGGUGACAAAGAGAUUCUCAGCAGAGGAGUUGGAGUCCUGGAACCUGCUGAGCAGAACCAAUUAUAACUUCCAGUAUAUCAGCCUCCGGCUCACUGUCCUGUGGGGGCUAGGAGUGCUGAUUCGAUAUUGCUUCCUUCUGCCGCUCAGGAUAGCACUGGCUUUUACGGGGAUCAGCCUUCUGGUGGUGGGCACGACUGUGGUGGGAUACUUGCCAAACGGGAGGUUUAAGGAGUUCCUGAGUAAACAUGUUCACUUGAUGUGUUACCGGAUCUGUGUGCGCGCCCUGACUGCCAUCAUCACCUACCAUGACAGGGAAAACAGGCCAAGAAACGGUGGCAUCUGUGUGGCCAAUCAUACCUCUCCAAUUGAUGUGAUCAUUUUGGCCAGUGACGGCUAUUAUGCCAUGGUGGGCCAGGUGCAUGGGGGACUUAUGGGUGUGAUUCAGAGAGCCAUGGUGAAGGCCUGUCCCCAUGUCUGGUUUGAACGCUCAGAAGUGAAGGAUCGCCACCUGGUGGCUAAGAGAUUGACUGAACAUGUACAAGAUAAAAGCAAGCUGCCUAUCCUCAUCUUCCCAGAAGGAACCUGCAUAAAUAAUACAUCGGUGAUGAUGUUCAAAAAGGGAAGUUUUGAAAUUGGAGCCACGGUUUAUCCAGUUGCUAUCAAGUAUGACCCUCAAUUCGGCGAUGCCUUCUGGAACAGCAGCAAAUAUGGGAUGGUGACAUACCUGCUGAGAAUGAUGACCAGCUGGGCCAUUGUCUGCAGUGUGUGGUACCUGCCUCCCAUGACCAGAGAGACAGAUGAAGAUGCCGUCCAGUUUGCAAAUAGGGUGAAAUCUGCCAUUGCCAGGCAGGGAGGACUUGUGGACCUACUGUGGGAUGGUGGCCUAAAGAGGGAGAAGGUGAAAGACACGUUCAAAGAGGAGCAGCAGAAGCUGUACAGCAAGAUGAUCGUUGGGAACCAUGAGGACAGGAGCCGCUCCUGAGGCUGCAUACUGGCGGGGCUGUGCCCUUGUCCUGACGCAUGACCAGCUGGAGUCGUUGCCACCGCCGCCGCCCCACUGCUGCCUCCUUUCCAGACUCCGGGCUCUCCGGGGCUGCUCUGGAUCCCAGGACUCCAGCUCCUUCUGAGCCUCAGCCGGAUCCCUGAGCCGGGGCAAUGCGGCCUGCCCCACAUGGUUGGAAUGAAUGCUGCUGAGCGUAGCUCCCCAGGGCGAGAUGCCUUGUCUCUUUUAUGAUGAGUCCGUUGGAAGAAUGCCAUUAAAGUCUACUCUCACACUGUGCGUGUUGUGCAAGGCUGAGUGGUGGCAAACUUCAGCCACAUGCUCAUGUCCAGGAUGGCAGGACAUGAGUCUCUUAUGCAUGCCCAUAUGCCGGGGAUUCAAUGGGGAAGGGCCCCCCACUCUUGAGGAGAGGCCCUGCUGAUGCACUAGAUCCCACCCCAACGUUGGAGCUCUGUGGACUUGAUAGAAGGAAGACUUGUCUGCAGGGGCCUUCAGCAAAAUGGAGUUUAGAUUCUUGUGCUACUGCUUAUGGGAAGUCACCAAAGGGGGUGGGAGGAGCCAGGUUGACACGGGUUGUUGGUGGUGAGAGCCAAGAGUCUCUUGUUCAACUCCAGGCUAACCUUGAGUUCCCCAUGGAACGCACUCUCUAUUUUAAUGUGUGCCUCGGUUUCCCCAUCUGUAACAUGGAAUGGGAGGGGGAAGGGUGGUAAUACCUACCUCACAGGGUUGUUGUGGGGGUUAAAGUGCUUCUGUGAAUGAAGAACUCGCAGUGUUCAGUGUUAGGAGUACAGGUCCAUGAAAUGUGGCAGGACACGGUCUGAGCUCAGAGCCAUCGCACAGGGCUUUGGGUUUGUUUUUGUGAGUAAAUAAAAUUGGAUGGUGAAUGAACUGGG